GGAGAGCUGAAGACAUACCAGGAAUACAUGUACUCCAGCGUGUAUUCUAGUCAAAUGGUGGCCUUGGGCUCAUAUUGUACAUUGUACUUAAAAGGAGAUGGAAUGGGAAUUCCUGGAAGUUUAGCUCAUCGUUCCACAGUUAAAGGUCUAGACUCCUUCACAUAGCUGAGAGCCUUGAUGGGAGGCAACAGAGGAGUCAUAAAUGGGACUGGUGGGUUGUUAACACUAAUUAACCAAAUCUUUGGUUCCUGCAGCCUCCACGUUGUAAUUGCAGCUGUGCCUGCAAGGGUGUGAGUGGGCAGGAAAUGAAAGGUUAGUGGGGACACAGCUGGGAGGAGUGCUGCACCACUCCCCCCCCAAACCUCCUCCCGCCGUUUUUUUUGUUGUGUCCAAUCAAACUGACUGCACUGAGCACUAAAGACCUCGGACAAAUAAAUACUUGCACAUUCCACAUGAGCUUUCUAUGUAAUUCAGUGGCAAAUUGAGUACUCCUAGCAUUGACUCCCACUUAAUGCAAAUGUUGUGAGAUCACAGCGGGCAGUAGAACCUUUUGGAUAACUUCACACAUUCCUAUACAAUGCAAGACCUUUUCUGAGAAAGGCUCAUUUAAUUCCUGGAAACAUCAAUAUGGCCUGUUUGAGUACAAUAUAGUCAAGUGGGUUCUUACCAUUGGCCGCAUUCAACACAGACAGGCAUACAUACACAACAUGGGUGGAAAUGUAACCUCCCGAGCAGAGGUAAUGAAUUAUAAGUAGAAAUGGGAUGAAAAUAUUCAUUUAAAGGAGAACUGCACUUUUUGGGGAAUUUUGCCCGUUCUCCACAAUCCUUAUGUGAAACACGAACACAUUUUUUUUUACCUUUUCUCUGCGUUCUGAAAGAAAAUGAGUUAGCAUGAGCCAGCUAACAUUGCACGUCAUGGGAGGUACCUUUUACGACUAAAAGUCCUCUAAAAACAAAACCUCUAUUAACCCAUAAAACCUCUGUUUUAUGGUUUAUAUAUAUAUAUAUAUGCUGUUAUCAUGCAUUAACAUGAUGAUUGAUGAUUUAAAACAUUGGAACUUCUUUCCUAGGGGCUUUGAUUUGACAUAACCCAUAGGAGCUACCGCUACUUCUGUCAACAACAACAGCAGUAGAGAAACAGCGGUGACACUUACUAUGUCCGCUCUCAUUGGGAUGGCUGUGUCUUUCAUCACAACACUUGUGCUCCAGUCCUCAGGUAAAAAAUGCCGACAGCAAACGAGCAUCUUGUUGAGCCUUCGUAGCGAAUUUGAGAGCCCGUAGUAUCCACUCUUCCGUCUGUCCCGUUGCAGUGGCUUGAGGCGUUGUGAGUGACGCUGAGACGAACAAGGCGCUGUGUUACUCCGCAAGAUAAAUAUAGUUCUUUGCGUUAGCUGCUACAAUAACAAUAUCACUGUAGAUUGGUUAAUAUACAGGUCAGUUUUGUAAAUGGAAUUUAUUUUGAAUUUGAUUUUUUUUUAGCGCUUUAUCAUAAAAAUAGAUACCUCCCAUGACGUGCAUUGUUAGCUGGCUCAUACUAAGUUGUUUUCUCUCGCACAAAGAAAGGAAAAGGAAUAUGUGUUCAUGUUUCACAUAAGGAUUGUGGAUGAUGGGCAAAAGUCCAAAAAAGUGCAGUUUUCCUUUAAGGUGAAAUUGUAAACUCAUUUCCUAGGGCAGUAUGUUGAAUGUGUGGACAUUGUGUUUACUGUGUCUUGUGGCAUUACACAGCACCGUGGCUGAGUGGCAUCUUUGUGUAGAGUACUAACUAACUAAAUAAGGAUAGUAUCACAAUAAAGUUGCAAGUUUGCAACAUUAAAGUCGUAAUACUGUACUACAUGAAAUAACUGUAAUUUUACCAAAAUAAAGUUGUAAUAUUAUGACAAUAUUAUUAUGAAAUUGCGAAAAUACUCAUAAUGAUACUAGUAUAAAGUUGUAUUAAAACUAAAGCUAUACCUGCAUUAAAACGAGGAAUAUUGAAAUUUUUAAGUGUCACGCUAGGCUCCAGCAUACCCGCGACCCUAGUGAGGAUAAGCGGCAUAGAAGAUGGAUGGAUAAGUGUUGUCACGUUCGGCGUAAGGCCGGGUUGGGAUCCCAAGAUGCAGAGAGGAAAAACACGCGUGUAUACAAAAAGAUUUAUUAACAAAAAAUCACUCCACAGGAGCAAAAAGGCACACAAAAGAAUAAUUAAAAAAGGUAACACAAAAACACGGCAGAAGCUACAACUUAACUAAAGGCGCUGCGGAAAUUUAGCAGGGAAAAACGUGUAAAAAAUCCAGAAACAAAAGACGCUACCGAGAACCAGGUAGGUGGCAAUGAGUAUACAGUCCAAACAACAAAAGGUGCCCACUGCUGGAGAACGCCAAGCAGGGAAUAAUGUACUUACAAGGAAGAUGAGAAUUCAGGGUAAGGAUAUAAGGCUAACCAGUAGUCGGUGAGCAGGAAUACAAGGAAGACAGUCUGGCAACGAUGUGAGGUCUGCCAGCACUAUAAAUAGUCCCGUGAUAAAUUGGCUGCAGGUGUGGAGUUCCUGGCUCCUCCUCUGCGGCAAGAGGUGCACUGCAACAGAGCGGCAGACAGGCGGCAGUAGCUUGGCAGUGCAGAGCAUGACAAGUGUCACAUGACGGCAUGGUGUUAAUGCUGGCGUCAGGAUAAAGACUAAAGUGCAGGUAAAAGGUAUAUUUAUAAUUAUAAUGGCUGCCAUGCAGAGGCAGGAAUGCACAAAAGAGCCGUAAUAAUCAUCAGUGCUCCGACAGGUGAGUCUCAGCAGGAAAGGAAAAGUGGAGGAGAAAAGCAUGAAACCAAAGAGGAAAUAUAACACAAUAAAAGCAUGACAACCGGAACUCAGGAAUAAACAGAAACAAUAACAGGCUGUCACACCGGAUGUCACGCAGCACGUGACAGUACCUCCCCCUCAAGGACGAAUCCCAGACGUAAAAAAAAGUCCACAGUCAAAAAGAGGGAAGGCUGGUGGGAGGACUGGUGCUGGGUCGCCGGUGUGGCCCCUACGGGCAUCGGCUGGGUCUAACGGAGCUGGUGAGACCCCUCCGGGGGUCGGCCGGGACGGAGAGCCCAGCGGAACCAGCAAGACCCCUCCAGGGGGCGGGCGAAGCAGUGAGCUCGGCAGAACCAGCAGGACCGCUAUGGGGGGCAACCAGGGCGGUGAGCUCGGCGGAGCUAGCAAGACCCCUCCAGGGGUCAGUCAGAAUAUCAGGUCCAAUGAAGACAGCAGGACCCCUGUGGGGGACGGCCAGGAUGGUGAAUCCGGUGAAGCUGGCGAGAUCCCUCCAAGGGUCGGCCGGGAAGGCAUGCAUGGAGGAGCCGGCGGGACCCCUGUGAGGGACGGCAUGCGGGGUAGAGCCAGUGCAGCUCAUGCGUCGCCAUGAGACGCGAGGAGAGGAACGAGAGCUGGCGCUGCACGUUGGCGUGUUGGCGAAGCCAGGACAGGAACUGAAGCAGGAGGCGUCUCGUCCUCUUGACUUGACGAAGAAGGAGGAGCAGGAGAAGCGGGCUUUGCUGAUGCAGUGGGCCCUGCAUCUUGACUUGCAGGCGAGGAAGCGAACUGCGCUUUCCCAUAAGUCCAGCAGAUGGCAGCAUUCCCCCUCUCCACAGGCCGGAUGGACUGUGCUCCUCCGUCCCACAGCAGGUGGUACUAGGCCCUCCUUCCGAAGGUGGAUCCCAGACGCUGUUCACCGCUUAAACCGAAACCAGGGAAGGGAGGCAGGGUGCUUGAAGGAGGGUCUCCAGUUCCACCCGUUGUACCACCCAACUGAAACUGCAGAGGGCCUCAGGUGUGGUGUGGGUGCCGGCUUGAAACACCGUGGGGGGGGCCACCGUCUGGCACCCAUACUAUGUCCUGCAUACCAUGUCCUGCAGUGCCUCCAAGGAGUACUUUAAACUGUCCUCUUCCAAAUUCUUUAGGACCCGCCAGGCCCAGUAGUCCAUCUCUGCGAGGUCGUCUUGUCAUGGUCGUAGCAUUCUGUCACGUGACGGCAUAGUGCUCAUGCUGGCGGCAACCCUGAGAUGCAGAGAUGUUAAUGCUGGCAUCAGGAUAAAGACCAAAGUGCAGAUAAGAGCCAACAUUGUCAUCUUUCUUUGCACUAACAUGAUCGGGAUCUGUACCCACUACCCUGCUGAGGUCUCCCAGAGACAAGCCUUCCAGGAGACCAGAGGCUACAUCCAGGCCAGAAUUCACCUGCAGAGAGAAAACCAGCAGCAGGAGCGCUUACUACUGUCAGUGCUUCCGAGGCAUGUUGCCAUGGAGAUGAAGGCUGAUAUCAAUGCCAAGAAGGAAGAUAUGAUGUUCCACAAGAUCUACAUCCAAAAACAUGACAAUGUUAGCAUAUUGUUUGCAGACAUCGAGGGCUUCACCAGCCUGGCGUCUCAGUGCACAGCCCAGGAGCUGGUCAUGACGCUCAAUGAGCUAUUCGCCCGCUUCGAUAAGCUUGCUUCGGAGAACCACUGCCUACGCAUCAAAAUCCUGGGGGACUGCUACUACUGUGUGUCAGGGCUGCCUGAGCCUCGGGCCGACCACGCCCAUUGUUGCGUGGAGAUGGGAGUGGACAUGAUUGAAGCUAUCUCGCUGGUGAGAGAGGUGACAGGAGUCAAUGUGAACAUGCGGGUGGGCAUCCACAGCGGGCGUGUUCACUGCGGCGUGCUGGGUCUGCGCAAGUGGCAGUUUGACGUCUGGUCCAAUGACGUGACGCUUGCCAACCAAAUGGAGGCUGGUGGGAAGGCCGGGCGCAUCCACAUCACCAAAGCUACUCUUCAAUAUCUAAAUGAGGACUAUGAAGUGGAGCCAGGAUUUGGAGGAGAGAGGAAUGCCUACUUGAAGGAGAACAACAUUGAAACGUUUUUGGUGUUGGGCUGCAGCCAAAAGAGGAAAGAAGAGAAAGCCAUGAUGGCUAAAAUGCAGCGAGCGCGUGCAAAUUCUGCAGAGGGCUUAAUGCCACGCUGGGUGCCUGAUAGAUCUUUCUCCAGAACCAAGGAGUCCAAAGUCUUCAGGCAGAUGGGCAUCGAUGAAGCAUCCAGCAAGGACAAUCGCUGCAUUCAAGAGGCCUUGAACCCUGAAGAUGAGGUGGACGAGUUCCUCGGAAGAGCCAUAGACGCUCGCAGCAUAGACCAGCUACGGAAGGACCACGUCAAGAAGUUCUUCCUCACUUUUCAAACUGCUGAGCUCGAAAAAAAAUACUCCAAAAAGGUUGAUGAUGGCUUUGGAGGUUAUGUGGCCUGCACACUCCUAGUUUUCUGUUGCAUCUGUGCCAUUCAGAUGAUAGUUUUUGAAAUAACACCGCUUAUGCUUGGUUUGUACAUUAGCAUCUUCAUCCUUCUAACCAGCAUCCUCUUCAUCUGUUCCAUCUACUCCUGCAUCAAACUCUUCCCAGCUGUGUUGCAGACAGUAACCAGGAAAAUAGUUCAGUCUCGUGCAAACAGUACACUGGUGGGCGUCGUCACCAUCCUCCUCCUCUUCGUUUCUUCCUUCGCUAACAUGUUUACCUGCAGCAGAGGUCAACUGAAGGACUGCGUGGCGAACAAGCUGAACAUGUCAGUGACACUAUGUUUGCUGCACAACCUGACCAAGUCGGCAAAGGAUGGAUUGACUCUGUGUUCCGGCCAGGUCAUACCCUGCCAUUUGCCAGAAUAUUUCAGCUACAGUGUCCUACUGACCCUGCUGGCCUGCUCCGUUUUCCUCCACAUUAGCAGCAUAGGGAAGUUGGCGCUGAUGCUAUUCAUCCAGUUCAUCUUCCUCCUGCUGGUGGAGUGGCCUCAAGUGGUCCUGUUUGACAACGCAGACCUGCUGGUCAAAGCUAACACGCUGCUUGGUUUCAAUGCUACUGCAGAACAGUGCCUGGAGAGCGUGACCAAAGUACCCCUGAAGGUCAUGACCCCUGUUAUCCUGACUGUAUUUGUUCUGGCUCUAUACUUGCACGGCCAGCAGGUGGAGUCCACUGCACGUCUGGACUUCCUCUGGAAGCUGCAGGCUACAGAGGAGAAGGAGGAGAUGGAAGAACUGCAGGCUUACAACCGCCGCCUACUCCACAACAUCCUGCCCAAAGAUGUUGCCGCCCACUUUCUUGCACGAGAGCGCCGCAAUGAUGAGCUAUACUAUCAGUCGUGCGAAUGUGUUGCUGUCAUGUUUGCUUCCAUCUGCAACUUCUCUGAGUUUUACGUGGAGCUGGAGGCCAACAAUGAGGGAGUGGAGUGUCUCAGGCUGCUCAAUGAGAUCAUCGCCGAUUUUGAUGAGAUCAUCAGUGAGGAAAGAUUCCGUCAGCUGGAGAAAAUCAAAACCAUCGGUUCCACCUACAUGGCUGCUUCUGGCCUCAACGUCUCCACCUACGAUAGAGAGGGUCGCUCACACAUCCUGGCUCUGGCAGAUUACGCCAUGAGGCUUCGGGAACAGAUGAAAUACAUCAAUGAGCACUCUUUCAACAACUUCCAGAUGAAGAUAGGGCUGAACAUGGGACCAGUAGUGGCUGGAGUGAUUGGAGCCAGGAAGCCCCAGUAUGAUAUCUGGGGGAACACAGUCAAUGUGGCCAGUCGAAUGGACAGCACAGGAGUACCAGACUACAUACAGGUGACCACAGACCUGUACCACGUGCUGGCCAACAAUGGCUACCAGAUGGACUGUAGAGGAGUUGUCAAGGUGAAGGGGAAAGGUGAAAUGACCACUUACUUCCUCACCUCUGGUCCCCAGAGCAGUUAACCAACCGGGCCGGACCACCGCCCCCCCCCACAGGGUUGACCCACUCUGCACUGAUGCACAGUGUAAACACUGAGGACAGAUGCUGUGUGUGUGUCUUGUCGCACACACUCAGAUACACACACACACACACACACACACACACAUAGGUGUUUGAAGGCUGUUUUUGCACAAGCGACCACAAAGCCCAGUUGCCUUAGGAUGGGAGUAUGCUUGUGUUUAUGAGCAAUAGUACAAGUGUUUUUUCUGGAGGUCAUUAUUUAUUUUUGUGCAGAUGGAUAAGCUAUAUAAAAGAAAUGGGAGUAUAUGCAAGGACACAAAUGAAGGAUGAACAUGACCAAAGAACAACUUUCCCAAGUUUACUCAUUUAAUUAUCAUUGCAGAGUCCACGGUAGUAAAGUCACUGUCGCCUAUAGGGACAAACAAAUGUUUCUCUGGGCUAAAUCACAAAGGAGAGCAUUACACACACAUACGCACAGGCAAGAAACAACAAACAACAUGCGUGUGUGCCUUCACAGCGCCUUCUUUGUUUCCUCGAGCCUGUGAUUCUCCGCAGCCUACACAUGAGGCUGCCUGCGGUUCACCAAAACGUUCCAUUCAUUUGGUUGAAGUCAGCAAGAUGACUUAAAGCAAAGGAGAAGCAGUCACAUUUGUGUCACGGUACUGAUGAAAGCUCUCAACUGUUUUUUGAAGCAUUUUAUAUAAGUGUAUGUGAGUAUUAUGUGUGUAUGAAUGUGUGUGACAGGAUGCUGAACUUUUCUUCUAAAAGAGACAUACUGUAACUUUUCACUGUGAGGAUUUUUAUGAUGUAACACAACAUGGCUUUCUUGUCAAACUGUUUGCUGCAAAGCAUGUUUUAUAUUCAUCUCGAGAGUUGUGUGCCCCAUCCUGACUUCUAGUGAUUUAAGGAGAAUCAUGUCUACUGCGUCUUUUUACUGGACGUUCAUGUCAUUCCAAGCAAAACAUUCAAAAGCCCGUGAAAAUAUAUUUUUGGACCGCAACAACUUUUAGACCGAGUGUAUGCAGCGUCUCUUUGCCUGCUCACAUGGAUUGCCUUGAUGUUAUGUGGUCGCAAGGUCCUUAUUUUUAUGGACCAAGACUUGCUUUUCUCAUCUGAAGGUGCCCACACCCCCAGAAGAGUCAGAUGAAUGUACAUAAUAAUAAUAAACAACGAAGCAACCACUGUGCUACUGGGCAUCGAAAGCAGUCAGAUUGAUUGGACUUUUUGUUUGCUGCAAAUUGACAGUCUAAUUUUACAGUGUUUAUGAGCUCACUUUUUCUGUGGAAGUCCACAAUAUUUCUGCCUUAAGAGGUGACAAGCCUUUACGUCACUCUCUGCCCCCUGAAAUAAAAGGUCAAAUGAAUUUUUUUUUUUCAUUUCCCCUUACAUAGGAUUAUAAUCCCUUUGCUUUCUGUUGAGGCACUUCUAGUAUGACUGUAUUUUACAAAACAUAAUAAAAGCAAAUUGACCGUUA